AUGGCCAGCAACAUUAAUUUCUCGUGCUACCAAGCGAAAUCCCACGAGCCCCAUUUGCCCCCGGGCUUCAGAUUCCACCCCACCGACGAAGAAUUAAUAACUUACUACCUAUUGAAGAAAGUUCUCCACUCCAACUUCACUUGCCGUGCCAUUGCCGAGGUUGAUCUCAACAAGUGCGAGCCAUGGCAUCUUCCAGGCAAGGCGAAGAUGGGGGAGAAGGAGUGGUACUUCUACAGCCUACGGGACCGGAAGUACCCGACCGGUCUGAGGACGAACCGGGCGACCGAAGCGGGUUACUGGAAGGCGACUGGAAAGGACCGGGAGAUCUACAGCUCCAAAACGGGCUUGCUGGUGGGUAUGAAGAAAACCCUAGUCUUCUACACGGGUCGGGCGCCCAAGGGCGAUAAGACUAAUUGGGUCAUGCACGAGUUUCGACUCGACGGCAAGCUUGCUUAUCACUACCUCUCUACAAAGUCUGAGGACGAGUGGGUAAUUUCCCGAGUGUUCCAAAAGACGGGUUCCGGCAGCUCCACCGCCACAAGCGGCGGCGGCAGCAACACCAAGAAACGGUCUGAAGUCAACUCAGCGCCAAAGUCAAACCCAUCGUCCGGCAUUGACUUUGACAGCUGGCUUAGUCCCGCGACCAGCUCCAAGCAGCACGUGCCCUGUUUCUCCACAUCAGCACCUCCCACAAGUUCCUUCUUUGAUUUCCCUCAGCCGCCAUCCUCAGACCUGAGUGCGGUGGUUUAUGGCCCUCCAGCGAGUGGCCAUUCUGAAGCAUCGGUGUUUGGUUAUGGGCCCAUGGGACAGUGGGCCGGGCUUGAGAGGAAUGGGAGAAUAUGGCCCGCAGUCGAUGACAAGCUUGAUAGCAUGUGGACUACUUAAUGAUAUGUUUGUUUCAAAGACUUUGUGGUUGCCAACUUAAUUUCGUUAUGUAAUAGCUUUUGUUAGUGUGUAAUGGACUAUGGUUGAAUGCUAUUGUGGAUGAUCGAUAUUGCCUUUUGUACUAUUACUGAUAGCCAAGCUCUAAUUUUCGUAUGAUUGUUGCUACCCAGCUUUUUCUAUAUCCGAUGUUUGGGAAUAGGGUAUACGUAGAGUCGAAUUGAGUUAACUCUAUAGAACAAGAAUAUUUUUAAUGUUGCAGUUUUUUG